AUGCCAUACUAUAAUUUGGAAAGUAGCGAAGUACAAAUUUCUCCGACAGUUUUAUCCUCGGAUCUAGUUACUCCAGCAGUACCGAGAAAAGUCACUCUUCCAUCUGUGGGAUUGCCAGCUCCCUUGAACACUGAGCAUGGAAAAUUGGACGAACCUUGGCCUGGACAUCCUUACACGUCUCACAUUUGUCAGUUUGACGUUUUUCCAAGAUUUGACCCUGUGCGCACAAAAUUUGAUGUUCCAUGUGGAAGGAAACUUAAGCAGAAAUUAAACCCUGCAACAGAAGAGGCAUUGGAAAAUCUAUCAAAGAGGAUAUAUCGCACUCCAGUAUACCAAGAAAACAUUAAGGAAUUACCUAAACCCAGCCCUAAGGUGCUCAUAGAUCUUAUAACAAUUCAAAACGAGAACAAAAUGCCAAUUGGAAUGGAAAACUGGCAAGUAAAUGACCAGGAAGAGUUAGAUAGAAACGAAACAAGAGAGGAGGACGAGGACGACAACGAGACAGAGGAGAGCAAAGAGUACUGCGAGCGUAAGAGUGAGGGCAAACUCGACAACGAAAAGGUGCCAACUGAUUCUGCAUCAUCAGCAGUGUGGCCCAUAUGGCCAGUUGGACUCAAAAUGAGAAAAACGCCGCUGAACUACCCUAAAAUUCCACUCCCUAUGUACACCCCGCUGGACUUCUCAAAACGAGAUCAGUCACAGAACAGUAACAACUGUAGCCAUGUCUCAGGGGAGCAAACUACGCACUUUUUGCAAUUGGACGCUAUGUUCACUAAAAGCCACACCAAGAAACAUGCUACAUUUACAAAUCAGUACGUCCCUGCAUUAACUGCAUAUAGAUACAGCUCUUUGGGUCUGGAAGAUUCAAAGCACCUGAAGUUUACAAGUCCAGAGACUAAGAACUUGAAGGAAAUGCAACCUGUUCAUGUUAGUCUCGUCCCGGUCAAACAUCCGGCUGGCGUUGAUUACGUAAGACUUCCCCUGAUUGGACAAGAGAAAGCAACUGAGCAAUCCCGUGAGCCCCCACCACAGAACCACUGCGCAACUAGGAUGCUGGGAAUACGUUUUAAAACGGAUGCACACAGAAGGUAUAAUACCACUUAUACAAACGUUGUUCCUGAUCUCAGAGAUUCGGUGAACACUGGAAGAAGGCAUUUCUUUUGGGGAAUUCACGCAUGCGCUUUGAGAUAA